AUGAACCGGAAAGCGCGGCGCUGCCUGGGCCACCUCUUUCUCAGCCUGGGCAUGGUCUACCUCCGGAUCGGUGGCUUCUCCUCGGUGGUAGCUCUGGGCGCGAGCAUCAUCUGUAACAAGAUCCCAGGCCUGGCUCCCAGACAGCGGGCGAUCUGCCAGAGCCGGCCCGACGCCAUCAUCGUCAUAGGAGAAGGCUCGCAAAUGGGCCUGGACGAGUGUCAGUUUCAGUUCCGCAAUGGCCGCUGGAACUGCUCGGCGCUGGGGGAGCGCACCGUCUUCGGAAAGGAGCUCAAAGUGGGGAGCCGGGAGGCCGCCUUCACCUACGCCAUCAUCGCAGCCGGCGUGGCCCAUGCCAUCACUGCUGCCUGCACCCAGGGCAACCUGAGCGACUGCGGCUGCGACAAGGAGAAGCAAGGCCAGUACCACCGGGACGAGGGCUGGAAGUGGGGUGGCUGCUCUGCCGACAUCCGCUACGGCAUCGGCUUCGCCAAGGUCUUUGUGGAUGCCCGGGAGAUCAAGCAGAAUGCCCGGACUCUCAUGAACUUACACAAUAACGAGGCAGGCCGAAAGAUCCUGGAGGAGAACAUGAAGCUGGAGUGUAAGUGCCACGGCGUGUCGGGCUCAUGCACCACCAAGACCUGCUGGACCACGCUGCCGCAGUUCCGCGAGCUGGGCUACGUGCUCAAGGACAAGUACAACGAGGCUGUUCACGUGGAGCCCGUGCGCGCCAGCCGCAACAAGCGGCCCACCUUCCUGAAGAUCAAGAAGCCGCUGUCCUACCGCAAGCCCAUGGACACCGACCUGGUGUACAUCGAGAAGUCGCCCAACUACUGCGAGGAGGACCCGGUGACGGGCAGCGUGGGCACGCAGGGCCGUGCCUGCAACAAGACGGCCCCCCAGGCCAGCGGCUGCGACCUCAUGUGCUGCGGCCGCGGCUACAACACCCACCAGUACGCCCGCGUGUGGCAGUGCAACUGCAAGUUCCACUGGUGCUGCUACGUCAAGUGCAACACGUGCAGUGAGCACACCGAGGUCUACACGUGCAAGUGA